AUGCCUCAACACGAAAAGCCUCAGAGGCUGGUCAAGCGAUACCGUACAGAAAUUGCCGCCAGCACGUCUAGUGUAUUCUCCACCGUCGUCGCCUUUCCUCUCGACAGCGUGAAGACGCGUAUGCAAACCUACCGAUAUGAUGGCUUCCUCGACUGCGUCCGCCACACGUACCAGACCGAACAGCUACGGGGCUUCUUCAGAGGUGUACUGGCCCCGACCGCCAGCGUAACCCUUGUCCGAACCGUCUCCUUUUCUAUAUACCAGCGCGCCAAAUACGGAUACUCGGGCUGGAUCAAGAAGAACAUGGGUGUCGACGUCCUCGACCACGUCAACAGGAAAGGCACAUAUCCCAACUUUUACUCAGUCGCCUGCUUCGGCGCGGCUGGCGCCACGGCCGGCUCCUGUAUUACAGUUGUCGCUUGUCCGUUUGAGCUCACCAAGCUGAGCGCCCAAGUUUCCGUGUUGCUCUCGGAUCAGAAGAAACUCGCAGAGGCGAACUGCCGCGUGAGCAACGGCCACGCCGUUGCCGCGAGCUACCAGAACAAGGGGACGUUUAAGACGAUGCGUAACAUUAUUCGCCAUCGGGGCAUUUUUGGACUCUAUACUGGUUUUAACCUGCACCUGCUACGGGACACACUCGGCACCGCUAUUUACUUCAUGGUGUAUGAGAGCGGCAAACAGCUCGGCACAACUUACGGCGGUGAUAGCCCCACGACGAACAAAUUGGCGGUCGUUGCAUCAGGUGGAUUAUGCGGCAUCGUAUCAUGGGCCAUGAUCUACCCCAUUGACUCUGCCAAGAGCAUCUAUCAGCGUAACUCACUUUUAUACUCGCGAGGGCAGCAGGUCGAGCCGCCUCCGAAGAUCACGUUCUUUCGGAAGCACAUGUAUCGCGGCCUCGGCGUGUCCAUGGGACGCUCCUGCGUCGUCAACGCAAUCUUCUUCUCUGCCUUUGAGUUUACGAAGAAGCACGUCAACUCGCUGGAUGACGAUUAA